UAUCUUUCCUCCUAAAAUAUCAUAUGUUGCAACAACUCAAUCUCCGAGUCUCGAACACGUAAAAUAGAGCGGGUAAUAUUAUAUUGUAAUGAAAAAUCUCCAAAAAAAUCACAGGUGGACGACGGACAAGUAUAAAUACACACAAAAAAAAACUACAGCUUUCUUUGUCUCUCCGCUUAAAUUUCCCUAUUCCAUUAUUUUCCAGAUUAGGUCAAAAAUUCAUUCAUCAUCAUCAGCGAUUUUUUUUCCUUCCCUAUUGGGUCUUCCUUCAAUUGUAGUUCCAUUCCACGAGAAGAGGGAAGGAAAAAAAGGGGAACUUUUGAAUUGUUUGUAAUUUGUUCUGCAAUGCCGUCGUUUCUUUCAACAUCAAAGGCGAUUAAGCGUUUAGUUACGCAUCGGAAUGUGUUGAAACAGAGGUUGGGGAUUGAUAAUAAUGGUUGGGGAUUGGGAAAUCAUGUUCAAGUUCGAUGCUUGAGUAACAUUGUUGGUGUUCCUUCAGUUUCUCCUGGUUGUGAUGCUGGUAGCAAGGUGAUUACGCCUUCGCCCCGUGGAGAAGUUUAUAGAAUUGGUCCUGUAAUUCAAACCAGAGGAUUUUUGGGUUGUGGUGAUGGGGAAGAGGGGAGUAUGUUAACCAAAAUACACGAGGAGAAGCGUGUCUUGGGAUACUCUCCGGAGCAGUUAUAUGCUGUGGUUGCUGCUGUUGACUUGUAUGAAGAUUUCCUCCCCUGGUGUCAAAGAUCAGAGAUCAUAAAACGACAUCCAGAUGGAUCUUUUGAUGCUGAGCUAGAAAUUGGCUUCAAAUUUCUUGUUGAGAGUUAUGUGUCUCAUGUGGAACUAAACAAACCAAAAUACAUCAAGACAACUGCGACUGAUACUGGCCUUUUUGAUCAUUUGAUUAACGUCUGGGAGUUCAACCCAGGACCAACUCCAGGAUCUUGUAACCUUAACUUUUUGGUAGAUUUUAAGUUCCAAUCUCCAUUAUACCGACAGGUAGCAAACAUGUUCUUUAAGGAGGUGGUCUCUAAACUAGUUGGUUCUUUCCAUGAUCGUUGCCGUUUGAUAUAUGGACCAGGGGUUCCUAUUCUUGAGGAUACAUAUCAACAGAGGUUAUGAAGAUUGGUGCAGUUGUGAUGAAAUGAAGCAUGGGCCAGUUCAAUUUUCCGGGUACCAGUUGGUCCAACUGUAUUCUAAUUCUUAAGUUAUUUCAAAACUUGAUAAGGACCUGAUUUAGCCUCCCUGGUAUUCCCGAUUUCUUAAACUUACUGGGUUGUUUCUUUUUGUUUUGGUGGGUGGGAUGAGGGUUGGGGUUUGGUGGUGGUGGUGGAUACCUUUGUAACAUUUGAGGUCACCAUUUUGUUCUUACGUCCACAUCAUGUAGGCCUGACCAAUAUAUUUGAAUCAGUUUAUAAGAUACUCCACUUUGAGUAAUACUUAGAAGAUUCUAUACAAUGAUACUUGUUCAUUGAAUUUACAUUAUAGGUAUAGGAAUGACAUUAAUCGAUGUAAUCUGCAGUUAUGCACUGUACUUCUUUUAUGAAAUUAAUCAUUGGGCCUAGCUGGUCUUGAUAAAAUAAGAA